AGAUGUUUAUAACAGUGAGUGGAAUAAAGAUAAUUAAAAUGUUGAAGUUUGAGGUUGUUUAGUGAAAAACCAAAUGAAAGCAAAUAGAUAUGCAUACAACUGUGGAUGAGUGAACAAAUGAAAGAUCUGACUCCCUCUUGUUCUCCUCUUUUUUCCGUGUUUUCCUCCUGUCUUGGUCUUUUUUUCUGUCCCUCGUUUAUUUCUACAUGUAGAAAUCCACGCCAUGUUUGUUUAUGGGAUGCUGCAACAUCCUGUUGUUUGUGAAGUAGUUUUGUUUUAGAUUGUUGGUUUUGUUUGUGCCAUUAAACUUAAAAUUUUUAGAAAAAGAACUCAACCAUUAAAGGUUUGGAUAUUGUCUGGUCCUGCAAACUGUGAGGUUUUCAUGUUUCAAUGACCCAUCGGUAGUAAAACCCUUCAGCUUGUUUUGCUGCAGCUUUGGCUCCAGCUGACAGAACCGCCGCGCAUCUGUGUUGGUUCCUGACAGACACUUGCAGCUGGGAUGUGUGGGAUGAUGACUCACUAACACCCAGCGCUGAGGACUACAAAUAUUUUCGUGCUCGCACCCCCGCUACCGGGCUCUCCAAGACGCGCGCUCCCUGGCGUGCACCCUCACACAGCAGGCAUCAAAGCCGUUCCGUCGGGCGCGAGGAAGGAGGCCAGAGUGAUGGCAGAACACUGGACCUCCCAGGAUCCACGCUGACAAAUGCCUCAGAACUGAGAUCUCUUGGCUUUACGCAGAUCCCCCCGCGCGCGCUGGUGUAGAUCUGGUCUUAUGGCCGCGCGCCCUGCACCGCCGCAGAGCUGAGAAGAUGGCUCACCGACAAAGAGUGUCCCUGCUCGCCUUAUCGGCGCUGCUGGUCUGCAUCUUAGCGCUUCAGACAGCUGGAUCCCAUCGCAGCGGCUCGUCAUCAUCAUCAUCAUCUUCAUCUACAGCCUCUCCGGAGGCGAGAGGCUGGAUUCAUGAAAGGACGGCCCCUAACCGGCUCCGGCAGACCUCCGAAUAUGCUUCUGAGAGCAGGCCUCCCCAUGAGUCCUCUGUCAGCACCAGCCAAGACCACGUCUCAUCUGCGGUAUUUGGCCUUCGGGGGCCGGAGGAAGAGCGGGUGUCCCCGGUCUGUGCAUACAGAGUGGUCGAAGGGGGCAUUUGGGGGCAGCUGUGUUUUCGACGCACACAGUUUGGGUUCCAGUGCCGUAAAGGAGACUGCAGGAGCAACGUGUCUGUGGGGGACUUGGUGGCGAACAUUCUCACCAACGGCAGCGUGCUGCUACAGUGGAGGAGCGCGGACGCAGCCGACGGGACGAACGCAACAACCGCAGACAGUCCCGCAGCUGUUUUCGGAGAGCGGCCACGCAGGCGCAGAGGCUUCGAGCUCAGCUGCUGGUGGAACGGGAGCUACACCCAGUUCGAGUGCGCCAGCGUCCACCUGGCAUCGGGCUGCAGGGACUUUCUGCUGACCGAGCUGCACGAAAGCAUCCCGUACCGCAUCUGCGUGCGCGCCCUGCCCGGUCCCGACCGAGAGAGAGAGGGGGAGAGGGCGGCGAGCCGGCGAGACUGCGUGGAGUUCACCCUGCCGCCGUCCGGGAUGCAGGACAUCGUCAUCGCCAUGACAACGGUGGGCGGGGCCAUCUGCGUGAUGCUGGUGAUCAUCUGCCUGCUGGUGGCUUACAUCACAGAGAACAUCAUGAGCCCCACGAACCAGCUCCCGUACUCCUACCGCACACAUUCCUGCCGCUGAUCCACAGCAUAUGUGUGAAUUCUGCCCCCAGCCUCGAACACACACACUUUCUUUCGACCAAACUGAGGCACAAUGCUGUGUACGUCAACCUCUGCCAGGUUGUCCACAACCAAAAACCGCAGGAGACUUUUCUAAAAAAAAAGGUUCUGUGCUGUGAUUUUCCAACGUUUGUGCGUCAAACAGCAUUUAACAGCAAUACAAGCAGCGGCACAAGUCAAGAAACACCAGUGUUUUGCUAAACACUAAACACCUAAGAAAGGAAGUGAGGGUGAUUAGUUGGCUUGUAUAUUCCCUCCUCUCUGGUUUUGCUUUUAGGUCUGAGUAUGCAGAGCUGUAGUUGCAUUAUCUUGUGAAGGGCGAUCUCUGAAUACUGUGCCAAGCAUUUGGAGCAACCUGAUCGUCCUGCUGACUGCAAAUAAAAGUUUAGGUUGUUUUUAUUAUUUCCAAAAUGUCUUUUCUUCCUUGUGUGUGAGAAUAUAAGUUUGUGUUUUUGUUUAGAUGAAAAAACAAUCCGUUUCUCUGGCUCCAUAUCCAGUUGAAACUUUCCAAAGAAAACGUUUUUUUCUGCAGAACUUGUUGUCUCAAAGAAACAGCAAUAAAGUAAGACAAAUAACAA